ACUUUAGUUUUGCUUUUACAUAUGCAUAUCUUGAGUGUCUAUGGAAUUCAGCAGGGCAGACCACAAUCUCCAAGAUAUAAGGGCUAAAAUAUUCCCGUAUAGAAGAAGAAAGGUUCAAGCUCCUGAAGUUAUGCCUUCUAUUUCUCUACCAGCUAAAAGGAAGGAAAGAUCACUAUCAUCAUUGGUGGUCAGCACUCCCAAAGUGCCGCUGCAGACUGGCCUGACUGGAAAGAGGACAAAAGGCAGUGCAAGAAAGGCUGCUGCUUUACGAGGAUGUGGUUUUGUUACUGAGGACAAGAAGGAAGAUUCUGCUGAAGAUCGUCCAACGAGAUCAAGCUCACCGGAUUCUUUUGUUAAAAUUACACAAAAUAAAAGGCAGGAUUCUUGCAAGGCUGAGCCUUAUAAUGAGCAAAGGGCUUAUGAGGAUACUGAGAAUGAUGUUGAAAUGAUGGAAGGGAAAGCUGAUCUCUGGACACCCUUAAACUGUCUUGUUGAAGCUGCGAACAGAACCAAGUCCUCCAAGUCAAGUUCACAAGGGCUUUCUCUUGUCAAAUCAGAUCUGCAAAAUGCCGCUGAUUCUGAACUAUAUAUGCCUGAAACCAAAUCCAAAGUAGAUUUGCCAAAUGCUCCUGGCAGUGAAGUAUGCUUGCCUAGAUCCAAACUGAAAGAGCACGGACAGAAUACAAAAUUCCAUGAUGACAAGAAUGGAAAAAGUUUACUUUCAGGACCUGUGAAGCGUAGAAGGUUGCGUGCAGCAGCAAAGAAAAGGGAUGCUGAAUCUAGUGAGUUGUGUGCUGCAGCAAAAGUCAUGCUAGAUGCUUCAGGAGCUAAGCAUAAAAGAAGGAACAGUCCAGUCUGGUUCUCAUUAGUUGCCUCAGAAGAUCAGAAAGAUGAUGCUUGCUUGCCACAGAUCUCAGCAUGCUACUUGAGGAUAAAGGAUGGUAAAAUGCCUGUCUCAUUUAUUCAGAAGUACCUUGUGAAGAAACUCGAUCUCGACAGUGAAGCUGAGGUGGAGAUAUUGUGCCGGGGCCAGCCGGUGCUUCCAACAUUGCAGCUUCAUAACUUAGUAGACCUGUGGUUUCGGACAGCAUCAACAGCAAAGAAGGUACCUGCAUCAGUGGGCUCUUCGGCUAAGGACUUUGUAAUGGUCUUGUCAUACUGCAGAAAAGUCCUCGUCCCAUGAAACUCUCCUGCAAAUUAUCUUUUACUGUAUCAGUUAUAUAUUUAAGUUAUAUAUAUAUUAUUAUAAUAUUGUAGAAUCAUCACAGCUAUAUGGACUAACAAUAUGGGGUUUGCUACUCAUUUGUGUUUGUAUCAUACCCAAUAUUACACGUUAC